GUGAGCAAAGUGAAAUGGUACGAGUAACAUGAACGCAUGUCCCAUAUUAGAGAUAAGAACUCACAGCAACGGUGUGCAACGACUGUACGCUUUCGCACGCAAAGUAAUGAAAGUCUGUCGCCCCCCCCCGCCCAGCAGCGGAGAGCCAAGGCCAUCGGCUGUGGUCCACGAUCCGCCGCGUGUCGGUAUGUCAGUAUGAGCUCCAGGAAAACGCUACAAGGGAGAGCGAAGCAAACGGCCCACGGCGCUGCGUUUCCCACGUGUGCCGAGCGUACGACUUGUCGGCAAUAUUGGCUCUGGGGGGCUGGACAAGGGCCAAGGCGACAUGCGCUUCGGUCGCCCUCGAGCCCGAAGCUUUCGGUGUUUUAGCAGAGCGCCGCAAAGAUGCACGAAAACAGCACAGGCCAUCAAGGACACGAUGCGAACGUUGGACUCUGGUGACGUCCGGCCAGCCGAUAAACACCUGCUCGCUUUCCGGGUGUGAAGUUCCGACGGGAGAGAGGUGGGGAGGGGGCAGGACAGCGCGAACAAUAAAUCGCUGGUCUGCGCCUCCGCGGCGGCCAUGGCACAGCGAGAGAGCAGUGCGAACGGUGAGCGUGAGGAGUCGACGUGAGGCAGCGAGCGCCGCGCACACACGCUGGGCCGGGGCAACGGAAGGCCGCAUCGGAGGGCAGCUCCACGACGCGAGCGGGAAGCCGAGCGGGAAGCCGAGCCGAGCGCGGGGGGGGGAGCGAGGACAGAGGAAAGACGGACAUGGAUCCCACCGUCGAGGUGGUCGCGCUCCUUCUGGGCUUUCUGGGCUGGGUGAUGGUCGGGGUGGCGCUGCCCAACCGCUACUGGAAGGUUUCCACCGUCGACGGGAACGUCAUCACCACGUCCACCAUCUACGAGAACCUCUGGAUGUCCUGUGCCACAGACUCGACGGGCGUGCACAACUGCCGCGAGUUCCCAUCCCUGCUGGCGCUUUCAGGCUACAUCCAGGCGUCGCGAGCGCUCAUGAUCACCUCCGUGGUGCUGGGCACCAUAGGCCUCGUGGCCACGCUCAUCGGCAUGCAGUGCUCCAAAGCGGCGGGGGACAACUACACCCUCAAAGGGAGGAUCGCCGGCACCGGAGGCCUGUGCUUCCUGCUCCAGGGUCUGUGUACCAUGAUUUCUGUGUCGUGGUAUGCGUUCAACAUCACUCAAGAAUUCUUUGACCCAUAUUACCCGGGAGUGAGGUAUGAGAUCGGCGAGGGGCUCUACAUCGGCUGGUGCUCCGGCACGCUGGCGCUCAUCGGCGGGGCCUGUCUGCUCUGCGCCUGCAGGCUCCGCACCUCGGAGAAAUACCCCUUGCCGUACCAGAACACCAGGGGCACCGCGUACUCGGCGCAGUCCCACAGAAAGGUCCCCAGCACCUACGACAGGAACGCCUACGUGUGACGCUGCGCGGCCGGCGGACACGUGUCCCGCGGGUGGCGCCGCCGCACGGCCGUAGUCUCUCCCGGACGCUCUCGGCCUCGACGCUCCCCCGGCACCCCCUGCUAGGACACGGACACACACACACACACACACACACACACACACACACUUACUGCAUGUAUAUAUACUGACUUUUUUUUACCUUUUGCUCAGGAAGUUGACCUCCCUAAAAUUGUCCAAAUCCCUGUAUAAACGAAGGUCACUUUUUUUUCGUUUUUUUUUUACCAGUGUAAGGGAAGUACAGGUCAUACAGGUUCUUACUCAUAAUCUCACUUUUCUAUUUUUUCGCUCGGACUCGCGCUCAUUAAUCAUCAUCCACUCACUUUCAGACACGAUGCGAGUUCAAAGUGCCGCCAAGAACGAUGACGUCACUCUUGUGUCCACGUGCAUCUACUACAUGUGUCUUCAUACGUGUGAAAUAAACGGAUUUAUGAAAAGCACGCGCCUCUCACUUUCUACUCGGGUUCGGGUUCGGGUUCGGGGGGGCGCAGCGCGUGCGCUGCGAGCCACACGUGCCCGCCAGCCAAUGGGGAGACGCCACGUCCACGCGCCACGCCGCCUCGAGAAGGAAGAAGAAGAAAAAAAAAAAAAAAA